CGGGCCGGGGCAACGAUGCUGGUCUCCCUGCUGCGCAGACCUCCGCCUCCGGGCCUCGUCCGGCUCCUGAGGGCCCGGCCGCCGCCCUCCCGCGGCGCCUCGGCGCGGACAGACCGGGCGGGCGAAGGCGGGGCCGCUGGGGGGCGCAGGGAGCCGCAGGACCGGGGAGCGGCCGCUAGGGGGCGCGAGGCGGCACAGCUGCAGUACCAGCGCGCGGCCGGCAGAGCACAGGGGCUGCAGUGCCUGGGGGCAGCCGCGAGGGGGCGCAGGGAGCUGGAGCGGCUGCUAGAGCUGGGCACGGGUACCGGAGGGGGGAGGGUGCCAGGGCUGCAGGAGCUGGGCAUGGACAUGGGUGAGUUCAGGGUGCCAGGGCUGCAGGAGCUGGGCAUGGACAUGGGUGAGUUCAGGACGCCAGGGCUGCAGGAGCUGGUCGUGGACAUGGGUGAGUUCAGGGUGCCAGGGCUGCAGGAGCUGGGCGUGGACAUGGGUGAGUUCAGGACGCCAGGGCUGCAGGAGCUGGGCAUGGACAUGGGUGAGUUCAGGACGCCAGGGCUGCAGGAGCUGGGCAUGGACAUGGGUGAGUUCAGGACGCCAUGGCUGCAGGAGCUGGGCCCAUGCUCCACAUUGGCCAGGGCACCAGAGCUGCCGUUCUUAGUUGCACCCGGCCGGGAGCUGGAGCUGCAGUACCCAGGACCGGCUGUGGAGUGGCGCGUUCGUCUCAGACCAGACCCCACGGGGCAUCAGAAGAAGAGGGAGAGCUGGACUCGCCGGGCCGUGCUUCCUGCGUUUGCUGCUGCGCUGGUGUAUUGCUACAGCAAGAGCCAUGCAUCCAAGGAAGAUGCCCUGUUGGAAGCCGCAAGGAUCAACAACGUUUCAGAAGUCGACAGGUUGUUGUUGGAAGGCACCGAUGUGAAUGCUAGGCACAAGCUUGGCUGGACAGCCCUCAUGGUAGCAGCUAUAAACAGAAAUUCUAGUGUGGUAAAGAUCCUGCUUGCAGCUGGUGCUGACCCAAACCUCGGAGAUGAAUUCAACAGCGUGUAUGAGACUGCCAAAGAAAAGGGCCUCCAUUCAUUGGAAGUUCUGGUAACCCGGGAGGAUGAUUUCAACAACCGCCUGAACAACCGAGCCAGUUUCAAGGGAUGCACGGCUCUGCAUUACGCUGUGCUCGCUGACGACUACAUGACUGUCAAAUUGCUGCUAGACGGAGGUGCCAGCCCUCUGCAGAGGAAUGAAAUGGGGCACACACCACUGGAUUAUGCCCGUGACGGGGAAGUCAUGAAACUUCUGAAAGCAUCGGAAACAAAGUUCCAGGAGGAGCAACGUAAAAGAGAGUUAGAGGAACGACGCAGAUUUCCACUGGAGCAGCGGCUAAAAGAGCAUAUCAUUGGGCAAGAGAAUGCCAUAGCAACAGUGGGAGCUGCAAUUCGGAGAAAGGAAAAUGGCUGGUACGACGAAGAACAUCCCCUGGUUUUUCUGUUCUUGGGAUCAUCAGGAAUAGGUAAAACAGAGUUGGCCAAACAGACAGCCAAGUACAUGCACAAAGAUGCCAAGAAGGGUUUCAUUAGACUGGACAUGUCAGAGUUCCAGGAAAGGCAUGAGGUUGCCAAAUUUAUUGGCUCUCCGCCAGGCUACGUUGGCCAUGAAGAAGGUGGGCAGCUGACCAAGAAGCUAAAGCAGUCACAUGCUGUGGUUCUCUUUGAUGAGGUGGACAAAGCCCAUCCAGAUGUUCUCACCAUUAUGCUGCAGCUCUUGAUGAAGUAAGGCAGGCUGACAGAUGGGAAGGGAAAGACCAUUGACUGCAAGGAUGCCAUCUUCAUCAUGACCUCCAACGUGGCAAGUGAUGAGAUAGCCCAGCAUGCCCUGCAGCUCAGACAGGAGGCCCUGGAAAUGAGCAGGAACAGGAUUGCCGAAAACCUAGAUGAUGUCCAGCUAACUGACAAGAUAACCAUCUCGAAGCAAUUCAAGGAGAAUGUUAUUCGCCCAAUCUUAAAGGCUCACUUCCGAAGAGAUGAGUUUCUGGGAAGGAUCAACGAGAUUGUUUAUUUUCUCCCCUUCUGUCACUCGGAGCUGAUCCAGCUCGUCAGCAAGGAGCUGAGCUUUUGGGCCAAGAGGGCCAAAGUAAGACACAACAUCACUUUGGUGUGGGACAGGGAGGUGAUGGAUGUGCUGGCAGACGGCUACAAUCUGCACUAUGGCGCCCGGUCUAUUAAACAUGAGGUAGAGCGUCGUGUUGUGAACCAAUUAGCUGCCGCUUAUGAGCAGGACCUUCUGCCAAGAGGCUGCACCUUGCGAAUCACAGUGGACGAUUCGGACAAACAGCUGCUGAAAACCAAGGACAGCUCCUCCCCUGAGGAGGAGGAGAAGAAGGCCCCGACGCUGCGGCUGGAGAUAGUUGAGAAGGACAGCAAAAGCCGAAAACUGGACAUCCAGGCUCCAGUGAGCCCUGAUGAAAUCUCCUUUAUGUUAUAGCCACAGGGAACGUCUCGCACACCACACUCAGCCAAAGCAGCCCACGGCGGCACACUUCCAGUUGUACUGGUCAUGAAUAAAAUAACCACGAGACACGGAAUUUGCAAAAUGGCCCAUCAGUGAGUAAGGACAAUGGUGAUGGAUCCCAGCCCCCGGAACCGGAGGGUGGGGUUCUGGAAGGUGACGCUUUCUUUGUUUUGUUAUUGACUCUCCUAGGCAGGAGAGACCAUAGGCUAACUCUCCUGUGUCUGCACUGAGUCAGGGUCGGACACCUCCAUCACAGGCAAGAAUCCUAUCCACUGUCCUAGUGACAUGCCGUGCUGCCAUUCGGUUUACCUGAAGGAUGUGGAGAGGGGGUAGAUAUAUUGCAGUGUGGAAACUCUUCAAGUCCGAGGAAGUAUGUAGGGGUUUUCAAAGAGGAAGUUAAGGCACAUCCCAAGUCAGACCAGCUGUAGCGAGUUUGGCUCUGGUAAGGAUUUCUGGAGAGAACAGGGGUGUAUGCACCGCUAACUGCAGAAUGUGCGGGGAUGGCUUUGCAGCUGAGAGGAGCCAUGUCAGAUGGUUAGCUGUGUGACGGCUUGGUUUUCACAGUCCCCGUGUGCUCCCCGGCCCCAUGGGCUUCAGACACAACCUUUAAUUUAUUUCAAUAAAAUUCAAAAUCUUCA